UGGUCUACUUCUGUUCCAGGAAUGCUUUGCUUCCCAGCAGAUUCCAGUAGAGUCAAAUGUUAUUUCCCCUUGGUCAUAACUACUCAACAAUUGUCAAUUUAUUUGUUCUGUACCUGCUUCUUGUCUCCUCUUACUUCCACAUCCUUCUUUUCACCAGAUCUCCAUCCUCUUCCAGGACCUUGCGGACAAAUGGACAAGACAAAACCCAUGAAAUAUAUUUCAGUCAAGGAAAUGAACACCAGCAACAACUCAGAAGAUGAAGUUUCCAUUAACAUAGCCCUUGGCUCCUUUAUCUUAGUGUCUUUUCUGGUGGGGAUGGCUAUAAAUGGGACCAUUCUCUGGUUGCUGUGGAUGAAGAUGACGAGAACCGUGAACACACUCUGGUUCCUCCAUCUGACUCUCUCCUAUUUGAUUUCCUGUUGUACUCUCCCAUUCUUUGGCAUCUCCAAUGUCCUCAAUCUCCGCUGGAUCUUUAAGGAUGCCAUGUGCAAGCUUUCUGUCUUCUUCAUUACUCUGGGGAUGGUCUCCACAGUCUUCCUACUUGCCACCAUCAGCCUGGACCGCUACCUCCUUAUCUGCCAUCCUGUCUGGUCCCAACACAAUCGAACAAUACCUCGGGCAUGGAGACUGAUCAUAGGGGCCUGGCUUCUUUCUGUGUGCAUAAGUGCUCCUUACUUGGCUUUCUCUAAGACUCGAGAGGUGGAAAACUAUGGAAGCAUAUGCACAGUUAAUUAUACGGUCUAUGAAAAGUGGGAUGGAGAUAAAAUAGAACUGGCUUUCAUUGUGGUUCGGUUCUUACUGAACUUCUUGCUUCCCUUCUUCACCAUCAUGUUCUGCUAUUGUUCAAUGGGUUGGAAAAUGAAGAAGAAAAGGUUGGUGAGGACAGGGAAGCCCUUCAAGGUGCUCGGGGUUGCUGUGGCAUCCUUCUUCAUCUUCAGGCUUCCCUUUUACCUCUAUAUGUGUUUCCUUCUGAUCCACAAGGAGACAUCACUACGAGAGACUCAAGAACAUCUGCGGAUAAUCUUUCACAUUGGAGUCUGCCUGAAUAUUUGUUUUACUCCUUUUAUCUACCUCUUUGUUGGAGAGAAAUUCCAACAGGUCUUCAAGACAUCCAUUGUAGUUCUGCUUAAGAAAAGUUUCACAGAAAGCCCCAGCAUGCUUUUGGAAACUGCAAGUCUUAGAACAGAAGACAUGCGGACUAGCAACAACAGCAGCAGCAACAACUUGGAAAUGGUGACUAUUCAUGGGAAAGAUCGCCCACUUUUGUGAAGAAGUUAUAUUGCUUUAUGUGUGUGUGCCUUCAAGUCGCCAGUUGACUUAUGUCAAUGAGAGUUGAGUGUGGAUCCCAUUUCCGUCAGUACUUCUGUUUCCUUCAGUACCUUUGGCAGCACGUAACGGGAAAGGCCCUCCCAGU